CUUCAGACCUAUAGAAAACAAUUACCAAAAAAACUCAUCAAAGAAAAUUAUCAAAUCACAACUCCAAGCUUCCAAAAAAAAAUUUCCAGAAAACAACUCCAAACUCACCAAAGAAAAUUAACAGAGAACAGCUCCAAUUCUGGUGAAAAAUUACCAGAAAAAACUCCAAACCUAGUGAAAAAAUUUCUGGAAAAACAGCUCAAAGUCCAAAACCUACCAGGAAACAGCUCCAAACCGACGAAGAAAAUUAUCAGAGAAAGUUCUAAACCUAUAGAACCCUACCAGAGAACAGCUCCAAAUCCGGGAAAGAAAUUACCAGAGAAUAGCUCCAAAUCCGACGAAGAAAUUAUCAGAAAACAGCUUCAAAUCUGGCGAAAAAAAAUUUCAAAAAAAAGUUCCAAAUCUGGCGAAGAAAAUUACUACAAAUCCAGCGAAGAAACUAAUAGAAAUUUAUUAGAAGCUGAGAUAAAUUAG